AUUUGAUAAGUAUUUAUCUGUAUAUAUAGGUAGGUAUAUCUAAACAAAGAUAAGAUAUAAUUAUAAAAAAACAUCUUCAAUCUGAACAGCUCUUGGUAUACACAACGCCAGUAUAUCACAAGCAGUGACACUUUCCAUAUCGCAUUUACAGAAAAUUUUCAAUCGCCAAACCACACCAGGCCGUUCUUGUCCGCAAAGUCUCUCGAGAAAAUAUGCUGGGAACCGACCCGGAAUGGAGCACUUCAAGAAAAGACUGAUACAUAAGCACCAGAAGCCGGCCCGCAAGGUUUCCCCGAAGCCGGUACUCGACAACGGGGAAGAAGAUGUCUCAUCGAACUCCUCGACCGGUUCCGGUGUGAAUAGCGCCAGCUUGAGCCGCGCGGAGAGCAGGAAAGAGGCCAAUCAAUCGCUGAAAGUGGCCAGAAAGAGGGCGGUUUGCAGGAGCAAAUUCCGGCACAAUAGCUUGAAAAUCUUCAAACUUGGAUCUAGUAUACCAACGUCCUUGUGCAAAUCGAAGGAGCCGUACAAUGUGAGCGCCGAGAAGAAAAUCCAACAUUGCUACGAAGAAAGCCGAGGAAAAGCGGGUUUCAGAAGAGACGAGAAAUCGGCCAACAAAGAGACAAUCACCGAACAAAUAAUCAACUCCAUGGAGGGCUCGCUUAAAAAAGACCAAAGAAUUCCCGCAUUCGAAUCGGCGCAUUCGGGAAUCGUCACCACGAAGCACAAUCUUCCCCCCGUCAUUUCCGACAUACCGGCCAAAAGAAGCAGGUGCAGCGGUUUCGAAGACGAGCAGAAAACUGACCUGGCGAGCAUUUCCGAAACAGAAAAUCAAAGGAAAUUCGAAUCUACAUCGAACAGCAUCCUUAGCGAAGCCGAUAACAAACGAACCAACGAAGAACCAAUACAACAACGAAAUAAAACGCCGGAACAAAAGCAAGAACGAAUUUCUCCCGAUUCGACGUUCAAUGAAAAUACAUCAAAUCAAUAUCCGAUUGAUUUCGCUGUAACGAAACCCGCUUUAAGUCUACCUAUUAGCAAAAUGUUGCCUAAAGACACUUCAGCGAUUCCAAUCCCUGCAUCACAUCCUUCAGUUGGAGCGCAAAAUUUGUGCCUUCGCCCUGUCAGCAACCCAUCGCUUUCAACUGAAGAAAAACACCCCGACAAGCCCAUUAAUCUAUCAAUCAAAAAACCCAACGAAACCCCCCAAAAAUCCGAGCCCAUUACCGCACCAUCCGCGAGAUCAAAUUGCCAGUUUCCAGAAAUCCAGCACCAGAUCCGCCGAAAGUCCAAGCAAUUCAAUCCAGUCGAAGAUAUCGCUGCAACCUCCAACAUUCUCAUGUUCUCCGAAUUCUCCGUGGAAAUACUGGUGGUACUGAGCAAAGCGUAUCGAGAAAUCACGAAAUUCACCAAAUCCACUGCGGUACGCGACGAAUUCACGACGAACUUGAGGAAACGAGCGGACGAAAUCCUGGAGUACGUGAAUCUGAAACUGUUCGAUCUCCACUAUCCCUACUGCAGGAGCUACACGCAGGAGUUGAUGGAAUGCGAUUUGGAGUUGCACAUUCCGUUUUUGAAGCACGUGUUAGGAUUGUUUAGCACAUAUUACAGUAAUCACGUGUGGAUGAAGCACGUGUUGAUGACUUUGUCGAAUAAAAUUUCGACAGGAGCGAAUUAUUUGGCCGCGUAUCCCCCUGCGGCGGAGGCCGGAGGGUUUAGGCCGUCGGACAAGAUUAAAAAGCCCGUGCAACAAUCGAAAGUGCUUACUUACUCGGAUUUCGUGCACAAAUCUUUAGCACAAAGUUUUAGCAGCGAAUGUUAUCCUGGUGAUAACAGACACGUCCCGCCUAAGUUGCAGAAAAGUCCUCCGACACCUGCGGAGAUUUUCUCACUUAAUAAACCCCUGAAAAAAGAGAAAUGCGUUGACAAAGAGACUGAAGCACCACACAAAAAACAAAUAUAUUUAAAUAACAAUACCGUUAUCAUUAAAGAUCACUCGAUGGAAAUCACCAAAGCCACGGAUAUUAAAGUUGAUAAAGGUUUUGGCAAAGUUGAAAUGGCAAUUGAGAAACAAAACAAGGAUCAAAUAACUGUACACCAAAAAAGAGAAUCGCAGAAAGAAAUUCUUAAAGAUGAUCUACACCUUUUCAAGGAACUUUUGAAGCAAGAAGACCAGACUAUUUACAACAGAAUCAUAAAUAAAAUCAAGCAUGUAAAAGGAGCUAUUUAUUCGCACAGAACACAAACCAACGAAGAUUCGAAACGUAACCAUAGAAAAUCUUUUACAAAAAGUCAAUCUGCCGCUGACGAUUUAUCCUCGAGAAGUCUGAAAAUUGCAGCACCUGCAGCAGAUGUAAUUGUUAUAGAUGACGAUGUUGAAGAUAGCAAAGAUUUGAAUCAAAAUUAUUUUCCAACCAAAAAAAUUCUAACCCUUCAAUCGAAAAAAGAAGAUGCGCUAGUAAUUUCGAAAAAAUACCCCACGAGAGAUUAUCCGCAGGAAACUGAAGAUUAUACGAGACUAAGUCUCAUUCAAAAACCGCAAAUUACCUGCAAACUUCCCCCGAAUCCUCCAGAAAACAUCAACAAAAACGAUUUAAAAAAACCUGCGAUCUAUUCCAAAACCCCAAAAUACCCCAUUUUCGAAUCUCCCGACAUUUUCCCAAUUCCCAGCAACUCGGCGAGGCCCUUUUUGACCUCUCAAACAUCGACUUCCAGCCGAACUUCUGACGUCGUAUCGCCUACAAUCCUGCAAUUCCCAAUGGAACUCUCCCCUCUAAAUCCCUAUUCGCACCCGGGCACCAAUUUGAACUGGAAGGAAUACAAGAACAACUUCCUGGACUCCAGGCAGCUCAUGCACCGGAGACAAUCGGUGGAGACCAUCAGCAGCGUCGGCAGCGACUACUCCCCGAACCUGGACGCCGACGACAACAAUUUUAAAAUAAGAAUCGAUUCGAAGUGGUACCGGGUGAAGAGGUCCGUGAUGGACUGCAUCCCCAAAGGCAAGCUGUGCUACGUCAGAGAGAAGAACUACCUCAUAAGAUACUACGAUGACAAUCAGCUCUCGCAGUUCAUCCAGAACAUGAACGUGAAUUUGAUCAGUCCGGGCGUGUUCGAUUUUUUGAAGUUGAUACGAGAGAGGGUGGACGGAUUCAUGGGCGACGAUAUAUUCAUAUCGCCCUGCGAUCUUCCAGAGAACAGCCACUUGUUCCCGUUGCCGAUUAAUAUUAACUUCACCAAGGACGAUUACAUAUCGAUACCUGAGAUGUACGUGGAGGAGGUCGAGAAGGUUGAAAAAUAUGCGCCGAAGGAUUUUUUGGGGUUCUAUAAAUACGUUACCGGUUAUCAAAUAGUGAACAACCAUCACCCGAUUUCCUUUCAGACUUUUCUAACUAUGCACAAUACCAACGGAAUCAAAAUAUUUUUCAAGAGAUAUUUGUUGUCUAUUUUGGAAAAUAAGUGCGAUUGAUGGAAGCUUGUAUAUAGGUAUUAACAGUGAUCUCAUAUCAAAUGAACAAUGACUGUAAUCUUCGCAGUAUUCAGCAUGUGAUCAAAAGUGUAUACGAGGAUAAAAGAUGUGUUUUUUAUAAUUAGUUGAUGUGAGUUUCUCAAAUUUCGGUACAAAAUUCACUGUUCGAUUUUUUUGUACUUACUUGUAUAAAAAGAUUUUUAAGCGAAUCGAAGUAAGAUGAAUUCUUUCCAGUCAAUACGGAUCAAUUUACUAUUCAUCGAAACUAAAUUGAUUUACUGUUAGUUGUAAUAGUAAAAAAGUCCCUUUGUUUUGCACACCUUAUGCGAAUGUGUUGUUACAUUUUGUUUCACGAGGACACCGUGUGUCCGCUUCUACUUAAUUUUGUACUUAAGUUAGUACAUAAAUUUAUUUAUUAUAAUUAAGUUUGUUGUUUUCUAGGUUUUUUACUUUUUCUAUGAUUAAAAAUAAUUAUAAUUUAUGCGUUUCCUUUAAUUCGCGAACUAUUAAGUUUGGUUACAGAAAUAUAGAAAAAUUAUAUUGAUGAGUGUUAAGGAAAUUCAUUAAUUCUAAAAUGCACCAUAUGCAUAUAAAAUAAAAAAUUGGUGUAUAAUGUUUGAUAAAAACUCUAAUCAUAGUUACGUUUUUAUUUUACUUUAUAAGCAAUCCAAUUAAAUGAUUUGCACAAUUAUUUAUCAGAAAAUAUAUAGCCUAAUUCACAUUUUC